AUGGGUGCACGUAGGGCGGCCCCGGUUUCUGACGUCACAUCCGCGCUGUGGCUGCAGGCGGGAAGCGGCCGGCCGACACUCUGCUGCAGCUCUGAGCCGACAGCCAAGCCGGGGGCGACAGCCCUCUCAGUGCAGUGGUGCAGUUCAGAUUCAUCUCAGCUCAGUUCAGAUUCCUCUCAGCUCAGUUCAGAUUCAUCUCAGCUCAGUUUAGAUUCAUCUCAGCUCAGUUCAGAUUCAUCUCAGCUCAGUUCAGAUCCAUCUCAGUUCAGUUCAGAUCCAUCUCAGCUCAGUUCAGAUCCACCUCAGCUCAGUUCAUAUCCAUCUCAGCUCAGUUCAGAUCCAUCUCAGCUCAGUUCAGAUCCAUCUCAGCUCAGUUCAGAUCCAUCUCAGCUCAGUUCAGAUCCAUCUCAGCUCAGUUCAGAACCAUCUCAGCUCAGUUCAGAUCCAUCUCAGUUCAGUUCAGAUCCAUAUCAGCUCAGUUCAGAUUCAUCUCAGCUCAGUUCAGAUCCAUCUCAGCUCAGUUCAGAUCCAUCUCAGCUCAGUUCAGAUCCAUCUCAGCUCAGUUCAGAUCCAUCUCAGCUCAGUUCAGAUCCAUCUCAGCUCAGUUCAGAUCCAUCUCAGCUCAGUUCAGAUCCAUCUCAGCUCAGUUCAGAUUCAUCUCAGCUCAGUUCAGAUUCAUCUCAGCUCAGUUCAGAUCCAUCUCAGCUCAGUUCAGAAAUAUACAGCUUCUCUUUCCCUAAAUUUAAAAGAUUCCCAGCCAGCUGA